GCCGGAGAUAGGAAUAAUACUUCAUUGCUCGACAACUUCAAAUACUUUAAACAAGAUCAAAUAAAAGAUGUCAACCAUUGUGCAGAAAGUAGGGGGCACGGGGGGAAAUGAUUUCAGUCUCAGCGGAACAGAGAAUGGGGCUGCACUCAACAAGAUCCGGGUGUGGACGGGCAGCAACCGGGUGCUGUCCAUCAAGGUGUGGCUGACUGAUGGCAGUGCCCAGGUGUUUGGGAGGUCCUCUGGAGGCUACGAGGAGUUCCAGUUUAGAGGCGGGGAAAAAUUCACCUCCCUCACGCUCUGGAAGAGCGACGAUGGCGGCCACGUUGGAGGGAUCCACUUCAAGACCAACAGAGACCGGGAGUUCACCAGCAAGGUUGUGGGUGGCCACCUGGGCCCCGAGGUCAUCACGGACAUCGGCUCCGGAAUCUGCCUUGGGGUGACAGGGACCUACGGCUGGGAUCUCAACAGCCUGGGAUUCAUCUUCCUGCAGCCCAUUCAGUACGUACAAGUGACCGACGUCAAAUACCCUACCUUGCCGUAUACCGUCCCCAAUGUGGACAUGGAGGAGAAGAAGACCAUGACGUACGACAACGACAGUGGGGACACACAAGAGUACCGAAUGGACGUCACCAUCAAGUGGACCAAGAGCUCACAUUGGCUCCUGGCAAACAGCAUUAGUGAGACCUUCGCCCUGAAGGUGAAGGCAGCCAUUCCUAAGCUGCAGAAGACCGGUGGCUGUUACACCCUCGUCCUCGGGCCUGAAGAGUUCUACCCCGUGUCCUUAGAGGAGGGAAUCACCCGCACUUUCACAGAAAAAGUGAGCGUUGCACCAGGGCAAACGAAGCAUGUGAGUGCCAAAAUGGGCAAGGCUGAUAUUCAGCUGCAUUAUCAAGGAAUGCUGGAAAUCCAUUUUAAGGGUGGUGCCAAGAUGGAAAUCAACGUUAAGGGAAUUUACUCUGGUCUUGACUAUACAGAUGUGACUUUCAGUGAGUAAUUACCUGCUUCUCAGGGAAAUGCAGAUCUAAUAUUUGACAAGCUAUGUGCAAUAUUUGUGAUAUUAUUAAUGCAGACAAAAUUUUUCAGACAUUUUCAAUAACGGCUGUCAUUGCUCAUAAAAUGUAUAAACCAUGCAUAUGUCUUAUUUGGUCCUAAUCAACUAGAAAUAUGGAAUUAUAUGUCACAUUGCCUUGUCAGUACAAAGUCUCAAUAAAAAUGUUUACCACAUGA